AUGUAUGACCAUCGUGCCUCCGCUCAACUCGAUGGUUGGAGUAAAGAGACACGGCUUGGUCUCAUGGCCCGUAUACGGGCACGCAUACUUGAUGUGAGACCGUGUCUCUUGGAAAGAUCAGAUCAAAGUAUAGUGUUUAAUGACAAUGUCGACAGCGGAACUACCUCUGCUGCUACUAAUAUGACGAUAACUACAUCCACCUCUUCCACUAACGAUGUUAACAAGCAUGAACGGCUGUAUAAAUUAAAACAAGACUAUCAUAUUCUUAAACAGCAAUUGACUACUCUUGAAGAGGAAGUUGAAGCAAUAAAAAGUAGAAUCAAUGGAAAUAAUAAGACAACAUCCGGAUAUCCUUCUUCGUUUGUUCUGCAAAAUUGUAUAGUAAAUGGUAACCUAAGAGCAGGAUUGG